AUGGAUGCUUCUGUGGCAAGUGCUCCCCAGAUUCAAAGACGUUUGAGGAUCCACACAGGAGAGAAACCUUACAAAUGUAAUGAAUGUGACAAGUCUUUUAAUGUUAAAUGGAAUCUUACAGUUCAUCAGAAAAUCCACACAAGAGAGAAACCUAACAAAUAUAGUGAAUGUAACAAAUCCUUAAUCACAAAAGGCAUUUUUGGAACUCAUCAGAGAAUCCAGAGUGGAGAGAAACCUUAGAAAUGUAGUGAAUUUGACAAAUCCUUAUCCACAAAGGACACACUUAGAGCCCAUCAGAGAAUCCACACAGGAGAGAAACCUUACAAAUGUAAUGAAUGUGACAAGUCUUUUAAUGUUAAAUGGAAUCUUACAGUUCAUCAGAAAAUCCACACAAGAGAGAAACCUAACAAAUAUAGUGAAUGUAACAAAUCCUUAACCACAAAAGGCAUUUUUGGAACUCAUCAGAGAAUCCAGAGUGGAGAGAAACCUUAGAAAUGUAGUGAAUUUGACAAAUCCUUAUCCACAAAAGGCACGCUUAGAGCCCAUCAGAGAAUCCACACAGGAGAGAAACCUUACAAAUGUACUGAAUGUGACAAAUCCUUAUCCACAAAAGGCACGCUUAGAGCCCAUCAGAGAAUCCACACAGGAGAGAAACCUUACAAAUGUAAUCAAUGUGAGAAAUUAUUUUCCAGCAAAUACUCUCUUAGAAAUCAUCAGAGAAUACACACUGGAGAGAAACCUUACAAAUGUAGUGAAUGUGAAAAAUCCUUCACCACAAAACGAAGGCUUAGAACUCAUCAGAGAAUCCACACAGGGGAGAAACCUUACAAAUGUAUUCAAUGUGACAAAUUGUUUUCCAGGAAAGACAAUCUUAGAAAUCAUCAGAGAAUCCACACAGUCGAGAAACCUUACAAAUGUAUUCAAUGUGAUAAAUCAUUUUCCAGGAAAGACUAUCUUAGAACUCAUCAGGGAAUCCACACAGGAGAGAAACCUUACAAAUGUAGUGAAUGUGAUAGAUCUGUAACCACAAACACAAGUCUAAGAAUCCACCAGAGAAUCCACACAGGACAGACACCUCACAAAUGUAAUGAAUGUAACAAAUCCUUUUCCAUGAAAGACAAACUUAGAACUCAUCAGAGAAUCAACACAGGAGAGUAA